AUGGAGAACAAAAGGAAGACUUUACUAUUGUUUGUUGUCAUAGCUGCAUUGCUAUUCUGCAUGCCAAAGGUGUCAUAUGCUGGUUCUAAUGUCAAGAUUCAAGCCCAAAACACCAAUUCUGAGGUGGUAAAAGGACCCCAUAGAAGGCUUUUGACAUUUGUGGACUGUGGAGCAAAGUGCAAGGUGAGGUGCAGUUUGCACUCAAGGCCAAAGAUUUGCACGAGAGCAUGCGGAACAUGUUGUUUAAGGUGCAAUUGUGUUCCUCCAGGCACUUACGGGAACAGAGAAAUGUGUGGCAAGUGUUACACUGACAUGAUUACUCAUGGCAACAAGCCCAAGUGCCCUUGA